AUGUUUGGGCAUGGGCAAAGAAAUUGUCACAUUAAAACUUUUUGUGCCAAUUGCGCUGGCCAUCAUAACACAUCUGAAUGCGACAAUGCUGCUGCUGUAAAAUGUGCCAACUGCAGUGGGAAUCAUAAGUCUACUGACCCAUCAUGCAUCAGUAGAAUUAAAUAUCUGCAAAUAAGAGAGAAAUCAGCUGUUCGAACACCAAAUCGUCACUCAUCACCUCAUGCUUCACCACCACAAGCGGAGCCUACAUUUAACUCUGUUCUAAAACCGGUUUCACUGUCAUCAAUAAAUGACUUUCCUAUGCUCCCACUCCCGCACAAGCGACGUGUUGAUGUUCCGAAUAAAAGCUGCGCGAACUCAAGCUCGCAUAUGCCCAACCCUUCUCCCACUCAUAUCGCGUGGGAUUCUCACUCAUCACUCACUCAACACUCAACUCCCAAUGCAACCACAACUAGCAACAUGGUUGGCAACAACAAUGUUGAUACGAAUGUCAAUCUCUUUUCUAUGUAUGAAUUAAAUGCUCUCUGUUUUGAAAUGAUUAAUAGCUUAUCUGUUUGUAAAACUAGAGUAGAUCAAUUUAAUGCGAUCGCACGUUUAGCAAAUAAGUUUUUGUAUUCAAAAUCCAAUGCUAAGUAA